AUGGAGAACUUAUUAACAAUUCGGCCGCAGUCUGUACUUCAUCAUGAUGAUAAUUUAGAUCUUGAUGACUUCUUCAAGAAUAAUCUUGAACCCUUGAUGAAAAAAUUUAAAUAUCGUUUAUCACAAUUCGAAUCUCAUCGAGUCGUCAAGAGUGAGCGUUUUCAAACGUAUACUGCAACAAAAAUUAAAACAGCUUAUCUACUACUUGAUAACUUUGUCUCAAAAUGGGAGGAACAUUAUAAGAAUGCCAUUGAAGUAAGACAUAAAGUCCUUCAACAACUUGAUGAUAACGUCAAGACGUCAGAUGACUAUUAUCAUAUGAUAACACCUCCUGAUCUUAUACGAGCCAUGUUGGAAUUAUCAAAGAAAUAUCAUGAGCUUGAAAUGGAUAGUAGUGGUGAAAUGAUGGACAAAACUAUUGAUGCAUUCAUGGUUAAAAUGGAAGAAUUAGACGGAAAAAUUUCAGACGCCUUAGGUUGUGCGGAUAAGAUGCGUGAACGUUUAGAGUCAAAGUUAAUGGAAGUCGCAGGUGUUGCUAACGAACAUAUUGAUAAAUUGAAAAAUGCCGUCUCUUAUGGUACAACUCGCUUAUUGACUUAUGAUGAACUUCCUACUCCCUGGCAAAGUAAUCAGUAUAUCCGAACAGGCUAUCGUUUUUUAGAAUCAGCAGCUGAUUGCUGGUAUUCACUCUUUUAUAUUCAUAAUGAAAGUGGAAACAUUUGGACACAUUUAUUAGGUUUUAUUACAUUAUUUAGUAUUGGCGUUUAUGAACUCUUCUUUUCAGAAUUAAUGACAAGUAUUCCUAUUAAAGAUCGAAUCGUCUUUUUAAUCUUCUUUUUAGCUGCUUGUAAAUGUUUAAUGUGUUCUACCGUCUGGCAUACUUUGUCUGGUAUUAAUAACUUGAAAGUAUACCAUCAAGUCGCUUGUUUAGAUUAUGUCGGUAUCUCUGUCUUGAUUUGUGCUAGUAUUAUACUUUGUGAAUAUUAUGGCUUUUAUUGUCAAGAUGUAAUUCGUAACACCUAUAUUACUGCUACAUCGACAUUGGCUGUGAUUGGUGUCAGUAUGCCAUUUCAAGCGUGGUUUGAUAGACAGGAUUGUCGUUGGCUUCGUAUUGCUUUCUUUGUUGCCUUGGCUUCCUCUAGUGCUUUUAUCAUUGCUCAUCUUAGUAUUGUUCGUGGUGUAUAUGAGACGUUUAAUUGGUUAACUCCCGUCUUUAAAUCGAUUGCUUGUUAUCUUGUAGGCGUCAUUAUCUACGGUAAUCAAUUUCCUGAAAGAUUCUGGCCGGGUAAAUUUGAUCACCUUGGUCAUUCACAUCAAUUCUGGCAUAUCUUUGUCUGUGGUGGUAUUUGGUUUCAUUACCAAGCUGCUCUUCAAUUUGCUGCUAAACGUGAAUUAUUUAGUCAAUGCCCUUUAAUUAAUCCUUAG